AUGAAUGCAGACCCGCCGCCGCCGCCGCCGCCCUGGGUUUGGAUGGUUCCCGGCUCGGCCGGGCUGCUCCGGCUGGGCGCCGGGGUCGCGCCCCCGCCCGUGCUGCUCGCCUCGGCGCAGCCCCCCGCCGGCCCGCUGCUCCCGGGGCUGCCCGGCUGGCAAGCCCCCGGCGAGCCCCUGCUGCCGCUGCUGCCGCUGCCCUCUGCGCCAGACCACGCCGCCGCCGCCGCCUCCGUGCACCACUACCCCUUGCUCCACGGGCAGUGGCUGUGCGGUGGCCAUUCUCCGUCCAUAGGACUCUCUCCCUCUUCCACUGUGGAGCUGGUGCCCAUUUUCCCACACGUCUGCCCGUCUGUCCUUCCACCUCCUGUUGGGAAAAGUUGGAUAGACAAAAGGAUACCCAAUUGUAAGAUCUUUUUUAAUAAUUCCUUUGCUCUGGACUCAACGUGGAUAUAUCCUGAGGAGUCAAGGUUGUUCCGUGGGCAUGAAAAGCCUCAUCUGUUGGCGAACCAAGUCGCCCUGUCUCUAUCCAGACCAGCUCCUGCCUCCUGGCCUCUUCCCACGGGGCUGUUAGCACCUCAGCUAAUACCAGGCGGUUGUCACAACAGCCUGAAGCCUGUUGGCAGCGCCCCCGGCAUUGCCAUCACCGCCACGGCUGCCAUGGUGUCCGUGGACCCAGAGGGACUUGGGGGCCCAUCCCCCUCCAGUGUACAGCCCUGCCACUUCCUGACCUUGGCGCCCAUCAAGAUACCCCUGAGGACCGCCCCCUUGUCCGGUCCAGAAGGACUGACCUUCCACAUGCUGGGAAGCGGCCCUGUAACCCUGUGUGCUACAUUUGGGCUGGGGGGGACCCGGACGGCCAAGCGCAAGGUGGACACGCCCUCCCCCUCCCCGGGGGCGAAACCGGAGCCGUGCAACAUCUUCCUCACCCCCAAAAUCCCGGACCCUGUGGACCGGCCCCUCCUCUCACUGCUGGAGGGCGGCGUCUGA